GCGAGUGAAUGUGCACGAUGUCGGACCGAGCCGGAGAAUGGGAUCGGAGGAAAACUUAUCUCACAAGGUGUUUGUUUGAAGAUUUACCCUUAUUAUCGCCGAUAUCAGAAAGAAGAGAACCGGAUCAGUCCGACACAGACUAUCCGUACAGUGUACUACCGGAACUCAUCAUAGAGAAGGAGAAGAACCGUCACGAUGAACCAGAGGAGUUUUACAAGGAGUUGGAAAAAAGAAUGCUCAGGUUGUACAGGAAACUGUUUCUUUGUCAACACGAGGACAGCUCAGUUUUGUCGAUAACUAGUGCUUCGAGCUGUGAUGUCACAGAAUUAAUUGAAGAUGAAAUAAGCGAAGAUUUAAAUAACGUAGUAAUUAACAACAUAGCAUUGGAUGCCAAUGAUUUUGUACCAGAUGAUGAAAGUAUAAAGAUGUCAGCUGGUGCUGAUAAACAAGUGAUAUAUUCAUGCCCCCAAGAUCGUUUAUUACACAGUGACGAUGAAUGUUCCGAGGGUCCAAGGCAUGAGGUGAUCACAACAGAAGCAUUGAUACAUGUAGGGGAAGGGAGUCAAAGGAAGAGGAAUAGUGUUUCAGAAAUAACGGAAAUGAUGGUGGCGCAGAGUCCAAUAAUAGGAUGUAAACAUGUGCAGCAGAUAAAUGAGGAUUGGGACGAACAAAUUUCUGAUCGACGUCUAUCAACACAAGACGCUACAUUUGUUAGUCCUGCCAGUCCUAUUCUAGUCAGCAAAGGUUAUGUCCUAGACGAAAACAUAGCACGACUUGUAGCAAGACAAGCCACUACACAAAAGUAUUCAAAGUCUACCAGUCACGAGUUUGAAGUGUAUGAUUUUAGUCCAAUUGAAGUUAUGAGACAAGUAAACGAAGAUAAUUCUAAAGGUUCUAUUCCAGAAGUGAGGAACAGUCGUAGAUCUAGCAUGGAGCCUGAACUUGUUAGGAAUUUAAACGAAAAAGAAGCGUCUCCUAUCAAAAUGACUCAACCAUUAAUUGAAGAAGAAAUGGCCUCGGAUGCUGUAUGUUUUGAUCAAGAAUCAAGAAUAUCGAAUGGAAUAAAUACUCUCAGAGACGUAACUAAUAUCUCGUCUCCUGUAUUGGAUAAGAAUUCUAGAAAAAGAUUACGUUCUGAUAAUUGUAACGCUUCACAAGAAUUGCCUACGAAAAGAACGAAAUACACAGACAUUGGACUACAAACAACCAUCGAAGAAUCAUUUUCAAACGUAACGCAGCCGUGCUGUGAACAGCCACAAACUAAUUAUUUCUACGGAACUCCUAUGAUUUUGAAUAUCUGCCGAUGUAAAGAUCACAUCUGUGAACUGUGAAUGAAGAUGAAAUGAUUAAUGAAUGAAUUACGUAUUUUUUUACAAUUAUUUUGUAUUAAUUUUUAUCUUAUUUAUUAAUUUUAAGUUAUGUUUUGUGCUAUGGCACUAGAUACUUGCGAGCGUAAGAAGAAAGAGUAAACCACGG